CGUGGAGACUCAAGAAAAGCUCGUUUCUUAAUUCUUUAAUCAACGUCGUAUUGUAACAUUGCAUACGUACAUACCAUAUACCUACGCACGCACCGCCAGAUAAUAAACCCGCAUCUUCCCUCUCUCGCCUCCUAAUUUCCCCGUCCGCCCGAAUCGCGUCGCCAAGCUAGCUGGUCUGCUUCUUCCUCGCCAACAACCCUCCCCGACGCUCUCCGGAAGAAAGAAGGAAAAAAAAAAAACAGAGUCUCUCCCACGCUCUCUCCCUACCCCAACCACCAAGAUGAAGACCUCCGCCUUCCUGACCGCGCUCUGCGCCGCGCUCGCCAGCGCCGGCAUCGUCGUCGUCCCCAUCCACUCGAACCAGAUCGUGCCCAAGGUCCCCGGCGACUGCUUCUUCGGCGAGGCCACGCCCUACGGCUGCGGUCCCCUUCGCUCGGCGUGAUUCGCCCUUCGCGCUAGCCCGCGAGAAGCGCGCACGCGUGUGCGCGCCGGAAGGGGAAUCUCAUGGGGCCCUCGCGCCUCGUCCACACAUAGAGCC